AUGUCCGCUACUGCCAUGUUUGACGCCAUUGGCGGCCCCGAGGCUCUGAACGCCUCGAAGCUGUACGAUCUGAAAGGCCAGGUCGCUAUCGUCACUGGAGGAGGAACCGGACUUGGUCUUGUUACAGCCACCGCCCUCGCUGCGAACGGGGCCAAGGUGUACAUCUCUGGUCGGCGACUGGAGCCCUUGCAGGUCGCAGCGCGGGAUGUUGGCGUAGGCGAGAUCAUCCCUGUUCAAGCGGAUGUAUCGAACAAGGAGGGCAUCAAGAAGCUGAGGGAAGAAGUGAUGAAGAAGGAGAAAUGGGUCAAUAUCCUCGUGAACAACCACGGUGUCUCGCUGCCCAAGCCUGAUAUCAACGCGUGCGAGCAGACGGCUGAGGGGCUCUCGAAGCAGAUGUUCGACAACGAGGACUUUGACGUCUGGCACGAGACUCACCGGAUCAACGUCACAUCCUACCACUUCCUUACGUUCGCCUUUCUCCCCCUCCUCGCGGCAGCUACGACAGUUGGCAAGUUCCCCGAGAACGGUAACGUCGUCAACAUUGCCAGUCUCAGCGGGAUGUGCAAGACCUCGCAGCGUGGACAAUUCAACUAUAACUCUGCAAAGGCCGCAACCAUGCAAUUAUCAAAGAUGCUCUCUACGGAAUUCGCCAGGCGAAACUUGAACAUCCGAGUGAACGCUAUCUGCCCAGGGUACUUCCCAUCUGGCAUGUCAGUCAAGGAGAUCGGCACCAAGUCGCCCGAGGAAGAAGCCAAAUUCUACCGCUCGCACGAGGGCUACGGGAUCCCAUUCGGCAAAGUCGGAACAGCGAGAGACUAUGCUCAGUUGAUGUUGAUGGUCGUCUCGAAUGCGUAUAUGACGGGAUCGGAGAUCUUGAUUGAUGGCGGAUGGAUGGCUGAGGAAGCUCGACGUGCCGGAGGUCGAUUUGGAGGGAAUAGCUCUGAAGCGUAUCAGAGGCAGCUCAGUGCACCUGUACACAAGUGGAAGAAAGCGUGGAUCUCGCCAACGGGAUUGCAGCCCGAGUCAAGCUACAAAAUCUGCAAGUGGGUCCGCGUCGACACUACCGCCGAGGACGGCUCGCCUGCACCUGAUGAGGAUGAAGACAUGGAGGAAGGCGAAGAUGGGGAUGAAGGCGAGGCCGAGGCCGAGGCGGAGGGGGAGGCAGAAGGGGAAGCAGACGGGGAGGACGUCGUCGUCGACGCGGAAGCUCCGGGAGGAGGAGCAACGAUCAGCGCCGAGGGUGUGGUCACUCCAUCCACGGCAGCUGUACCCGUUCCGGCGGACGCCCCGGCACCGAGCGAGCCUGCGACGGUCCCAGCCCCGGCGGAUGUCGCAGCGGUUCCAAGCUCAGUCGGCGGGGCGGGAGCGGUGAUCUCGCUCGACUCUCCGGUCGACACGUUCGCGGCGCCUUCCAUACCGGCAGCGGCGCAAAGUGAGGCACUCCCGGCUAUUGACACUAUCUCCCCCUCCCAACCUCCUAUGCUCGAAGAUCCCACCGCUGUCGCUACGGAAACUACACCUCACGAAGCGACACUCCCCAUCAGCCAUCCCAUCCCUGCCAACGCCAUCGAAAUCCACAACACCGCACGGCACACGACCGAGAUGGGCGCGGGCGAUCUCGCAGGGGUCGGAGGCGUGGAGAUGGUACAUGGCGAGGCGGCGGCAAGUGCCGAUGUGGGCGCGGAAGGGACCGGGAUGGAAGUAGACCGGGUUCAGGCUGGCGGAGAUGAAGGCGCGGCGGAGGUGGCGGAUGCAGAGGCUGGACAGGCACCGGAGGUGGAUGAUGGUCUGGUGAUGGGUGAUAAUGAGCCGGAGAGGAAGGAAUUUGAGAUUGUGGGGGAGGACAAGCCGAGGGAGGUGAACGCUUAA